CCCCCAGGCUUUCCAUUUAACUUGAACUGAAGGAGACUUUAGGUAAAGAGAGUUAUCAGUCUGCGUUGGACCCACCUUAAGGUAUAUAACAUUAUCACUUCUCUGCUUUGCCUUGAAUAUUUUCUGUCGCUUCCGUCCACGCAGAGUCUUGCGCGACUAUGGCACCUUCACUUCAGACUGCCUACGCCCGCCGCUGGUGGAUCGCUUGUACUGCAGUACUGGAGAAUCUCUUCUUUUCUGCAGUUCUUUUUGGAUGGGGCUCUUUGCUCAUCAUGUUGCAGCAAGAAGGAUUUUAUUCACAUCUCUGCACAGAUGGAAACUCGUCAAGCGAUGAACCAUUAUCUCAGGACACUGAAGCUAUCAAUGCCUCAUUUCCGAAGCCUUGGCUGACAUGUGUCGCCCAAGAAGAAAUGUUAAACUUGGGUUUCACCAUUGGCUCAUUUUUGUUGAGUGCAACAACUCUGCCCCUUGGGAUACUGAUGGAUCGAUUUGGGCCUCGUCCACUUAGAUUAGUUGGAAGCUUCUGCUUUGCUCUCUCGUGUGCACUGAUUGCUCUUUCUGGAUAUGAUCCUACAGUUUUAGCACCAUUAAUAUUCCUAGCGCUCUCCCUUAAUGGUUUUGGAGGUAUCUGCCUGACCUUCACAUCUCUGACACUUCCCAACAUGUUUGGCAGCUUGCGUUCCACCAUGAUGUCCUUGAUGAUUGGUUCUUAUGCCUCUUCUGCUAUCACUUUUCCUGCACUAAAGUUGAUAUAUGAGGCUGGUGUAUCAUUUGUUGGGAUUAUGUUGGGCUGGUCUGCUUUAGCCUGUCUGAUUUUUCUCAACUGUCUCAUAAACUGGCCAAAGGAAUCCAUUCCAUCACCCGAAGAGACUGCAUAUGUGAAGAAGGUCACUCUGCAUACUUUGGCUUUAGACCACAAAGUCACUGGAGACCAAUUUUACACCCAUGUGACCACAGUUGGCCAAAGGUUAAGUCGAAAAGGAGACGCUGAACAAGAGCACCUAUCCAAUGAAGAUCUGACAGAACCUACCAAAAACAAUGGACCUUCACCUAAUUUCCUUCAUAGUGCACGUUCCCCUAUAUUUCUCUUCUCACUCAUCACCAUGAUGAUGACCCAGCUCCGUAUCAUUUUCUUUAUGGCUUCCAUGAACAAGAUGCUUCAAUACCUGGUGGUUGAGGAUGCAGAAAAUGCAGAUUCUGAAAAAAUACCAGAGGCAGCCAAUACAGUUGGUUUAUACUCCUCCAUUUUUGGCGUCAUGCAGCUGUUGUGCCUUGUUACCUGCCCAUUCAUUGGCUUUGUCAUGGAUUGGAAGAUGAAGAAGGGAGAUGAAGGGACCAAAACCAUCCAGAAAAUCACCAAUGCUACUAGAGCUUUCAUUUUCACCAACAUGUUGCUCAUUGGUUUUGGAGUCACCUGUCUUAUUCGCAGUCUCCCUCUGCAGUUUGUUUCAUUCGUCCUUCACACAUUGGUUAGAGGUUUCAUCCACUCAGCAUGUGGCGGGUUGUAUGCUGCUGUGUUCCCAUCAGGUCAUUUUGGGACUCUGACAGGGCUGCAGUCCCUUUUAAGUGCAGUGUUUGCUUUGCUGCAAGAGCCUCUCUACAGGGCAAUGCUGGGGCCACUCCACGGGGAUGCUUUUUGGGUAAACUUGGCUUUGUUAAUCUUCUCCUUCAGCGGGUUUAUACUUCCGGGAUAUCUCUUGGUUUACAGAAGUCGUCUAUUACGUCAGAAUGGACAAAAACAAGAGAAGGACCCUGCAGCUAUUCAGCUGCAAGAAAAAAAUCAUCCCAAUGGUAUUGCAGAAAGUGAAACUACAUCUUAAUUGAAGUCAUGGUACCAAGGCUUACUGGAGAAGUUGGUUCAUUAGACAAAGCACACUGCUGUAUAACACAUUAUACAGCUGGGAGUUCAUAGUAUUGUAAAAAUAUAUUUAUAAUAAAUUAAUACAGCAGUUGCCAAUAUUCCAAUUUUGGAUUUGCAAGAAUUGUGUAUAGGGUAAUGCAGUGUUUAGUAAGUUUCAAACACACUUGGUUGCAGUUGAGUAUAGCAUUAAGAAAAAAAAUAUAGAAACCAUUGUUAAUAAGUUAUUUUUUUGGUCUCCUUGCAUUCUCAGGGAUAAACAGUGUCCGCUUGCAGGUGUUAAAGGAGCCCUAUGUAUAUACUGUACAAUCCAGUAUCUCCUUACAACAUGGUGCAAGCAUGGGACACAUGCUCAACAUCUUUAAUGGUUUCAUAAGGAACCUAGUAAAUGCUUAUUUCUGAGCAUGUCUCUGUUAUGGAGACUUGGGUUUCAAAACUGCCCCUACCCAAUACAUUUUGCUCCUAUUUAGUAAAAGAUCUGGGUUAUAAUUGUAUUUCUAGAAAUACAGUAGUGUCUUUCCAAUUUGGAAAUUGUAUCACUCACCACUCAAUGGGAAGAUAUUGCUGCUAUAAUACCAUAUAUAUAUAUACCCUUAUCGCUGUGCAGAUAUGGGAUGUUUAUCAGGACAAUGUCAUAUUGACAUACGAAACAAAGCUGUAUGGGACUUUAACGUGUUUAAUCAUCAAAUAAACUGAAGUGAUGCUUCUGCUAAAUAAAAGUUCUGUUUCUGUGUAAAGAAAAGCACUUAAUGUAUAUUUUUCUGUUUACAUAAAUCCCCACGUUAUUGUACAUGUGAUUAUAGAUUUUGUCCUGUAAACUCUUGCUGCUAUAGGUAACGAGCAAAAAAACAAAAACAAAGAAAAAAUACAAACAAACAGAAAACGGCUGCUUCCUGUAUUAACGAGAGUUUGAAUUCUUUGUGAAAAUAUGCCUUUCCCGACAAGUAGCCAUAUGAAUUUUGUUUUCCAACUUUGAACAAACUUCACCCACAAGAACAGUAACAUGUUCACCUGUUCACCUAUGGUUCAGGAAGUAGAAGCUCUCAAGACUUUAUAGCCGCACAAACUGUCAGUAAAAUGAAUAUUUAUUAAAGAUAGAGACAAAUAUGCAUUACCCUUUCUUUGGUUCAUGUGGGAAUGUAGAGGUAAAAAUAAACUGUGCUAAAAAAUAUUGUGAGAUUGUCUCUUUGUAAUGGCUGAUAUCAGAACCAUGGUAUUGCAUUAAAGUAACUGCCUUAUGCCAUACAACAGGGCUAAUAGUGUGGAGAUAUUUUCAGUCCCAACAGAAAAUUGUAUCCUGGCCGAUACAAUAAAUAAAAAGAAAAAUGAAGCAAUGGAGUAAUUUAGUGAAUCUUCCACAGCUGGCAAUUGUACAACUCAAUAUUCGUUUUAAUUAAAUAUUCUUAUACUUUGAAUUUCAAAUGAGUCAA